CAACCAAUCGAGUUCAGCUCCGAGCAAUUAGAGUGCGUAGUUUCAACGACGUAAAAGAAGGCCGUGGCAUUUACCAUUUUUGUUUUGUUAUCAUGUCAUUUUCCCCUCAGCGAGGCAAAUGCGAGCAACGUCAUUUCUGCAACUCCUUUUCCUCGCGCCCUCUCAAUCUCCUCCUCUCUAAUGCACAGACUCUCUCAGACCCUUUAAGGUUAAAGAUUGAAUUUUAAACUCUCAAUAUUUCACUCCUUGGUUUCUCGUUCCUCUCUCCCGGUCUCUCUCCCUCUGUUUCUCCGAUCCAGAUAGCUCCUAUUGUGCCGGAACAAAACCCUAGUUUAUUGAGCUUCAUAGAAAAGAGCAAAACCCUAGAAUUUGUUUCAUUCCAUCUCAUUGGAACCUUUACAAUGUCGAGACUUUGAUAAUCGUUAUCCAUAAACAAGCUUUUUUAUGAUGUGGCCUGCGGGAUUCGAGUUUGAUGAAAAAAAAAAGUUAGUGAUUCGUUGAACGUACCAUGCUUUUUUCAGCAUCAGUUUUUGUGACAAUUAUCGCGUUUCGUUCUGUCAAAUGUGCAAAAAUAGUUUUUGAGAAUAUUUAAUCGGCAGAUUCAUUGUCGGUUGAGCUGGAUCAGAGGAUGGACAUAGCUUGACAUUAGCUGGUAUUUGGAUUUUUUUUUUUUUCCUGAUUCGUGCCGUUUAUCUGAUUGAAUGCGUCUUAAAGGGUUGCAGCUGAAUAAUACUUAACAGACUGCUUCCUAAAACAGCCGAAAUUUAUCUGUUUGAUAUGCGGGAUUAGAAUAACUUUGUUGUACAAGGAUAAAUUUUGAAGGUGGUGAUAGGUGCCCGGUUUAUUUGGAUGGUGUCCGGAGGUAUGGGUGUUGUUUAGUGGUCACUAGUGGGUUUGUAGUCGAAGGAACCAUCCUGAGCAUAUCGUGUUUGGUGGUUGUUAAUUUAAAUAUUAGCAAAAUGAGUUUAGAAAACCAAGAGCAACAUGGACUGAAUCAGCACGCUGAAGCAAGACCUGAAUUAGAAAAGAAGUUAAUUUAUUAUACAAGAGAAUUUUUACUAUCAUUGCGUGAAUUGGAUAUUUGCAAAAAUUUGCCCAGCGGAAUCGACCAAUCAAUUCUUAGUGAAUUUGAGGAUACUUCACAGGAUCGAUUCAGAAUUUCUGGCAGCUUAUCGUCACAAAGUUAUAGGCGAAAUGACUAUGGUUCAUCCCCGCCCACUAGAGGGGAUAUAAGCAAUCAUUCCAGGGGAAUUCAUGGAAGGUGGGAUAGUCCUUCCUCUGGAAAGAGUGAUCAUGACAGCGAUACACAAUCUGAUUGGGAUUCAGAUUCUAGAAAGCGUUAUGGCAACCAAUCACGGAGGCCUUGGCAAGUUCCUGAACAUGAUGGACUCCUUGGAAGUGGUUCCUUCCCAAGACCAUCUGGAUAUGCUGCAGGGGCAUCGGCUCCAAAAUUUCAGGCUAAUGAUCAAUACCAUCUCAAUAGGAGUAGUGAGCCAUAUCACCCACCUCGUCCUUAUAAGGCAGUACCUCACUUGCGUAGGGACACUCAUGACACAUACAAUGAUGAAACUUUUGGUUCUUCUGAGUGCACAAGUGAAGAUAGAGUAGAAGAGGAAAGAAAGAGAAGAGCUUCCUUUGAACUGAUGAGGAAAGAACAGCAUAAAGCUUCUCAAGAAAAGUGGAAGUUGAAUCCACAAAAGGGCAAAGAUGACUUCGAUAUUAGUGAGUUGAUGGAAGAUCCAAAAGAUGAUAAGAGAUUUAUGAUUAAAAAAGAUGAGUCAGAUGCAGUGGUGACACAGCCUCCUUCAAAUACUGAUUCUGAUAAGCCUUCCUUUCCCUCACCAGCUCCCGUAGCUAGACCUCUUGUGCCCCCAGGGUUUUCAAGCACUAUAGUGGAGAAGAACAUUGGAAUGAAAUCUUCAAUUCAUCCGCAACCAUCAGAGAUUGGCAAUGAACAUGAGGGUAGCCACUUGCAUUCCAAAGGAAACAUUUUGCAAAGUGGGACUUCUAGUAAUCAAGAGGAGAAACAAUCUUCAGAACAGAUUGAUUCAAGAGAGCAGCAACUUCGUAGUCCAAAUAUUAAUGUUGCUGUUAAUCAAAGUGAAAAGAUUCUGAAUUUGUCAUCAGCAUUGGAUGUUUCAAGUGAAGCUGUUGGCGUGGAUAGCCAAUAUUACAAGAGUUCUAAACUUUCAGCAGCUUUUGAGACUUCUGAGAACAGUGAAGUAAUAGAACUUGGUGCGAAGCGUGUGACAGGCAGUGAAGUUAUGGGGGAAUCAAGUCCAACGCGGUCAAGUUCAAUCCUUAGCGGGCUCUUUGGCACUGUAUUUACACUAAAUGAUGUUGGCUCAUCUGGUUUCAUUGAGCAUGAAGUUAAAGCAGAUGAGACAUGCAGCCCUCACAAUGUCCCGUCUUCCAAGUUUGCUCAAUGGUUUCUUGAAGAAGAGAAGAAACCAAUUAAUGACCUCGUAUCUGGCAGGCCCAGUGAUUUGCUAUCAUUAAUCGUUGGUGAAAAAAGUGGAUCCCAGGCUUUAGAUGCUAAGGCUAUUGAGAAUAUUACACCGAGUCUUCCUCUUCAAAGCUCUGGAGUCACAGAUGGUCAUAUGACAUCAAAUUCAACGCCAGUUAAAAAUAUUGAUAAGCUAGACACCGUUCCAGCUGUACUUACAUGUGAAGACCUUGAACUGUCAAUACUGUCAGAAAUUACUGAAAAUGGAUCGAUAUUGCAGCCAUCUGUUGGGGGCUUGAGUGAUUCUGGAGCAAAGAUUAAACAGCAGAAAGCUGAUAUCAAUGAUCAUGCAUCACACCACCUCCUCUCAUUGUUACAGAAGGGUACAGGUCUGUCUACUGAUUUAGAAAUCAUAUCUUCAGACACCCAACAAUAUGUGGAAGCUGAGAAUCUUGGCGCUAAGCUCUCUAGUUCCAGAGAAAUAUACACUGAGAACAUUCACAAUGCAGGCAAGCCUUUGACUCUCGAAACACUUUUUGGAACUGCUUUCAUGAAGGAACUGCAGCCAGUAGGAACACCAACUUCUGGCCAGAGGGGCUUAACUGAAUCAAUGAGAGCUAAUAUUUCAGAGUUUCCUUUUCCUGUGAUGGACGAUGAUAUCCUUGCUUCUACAUAUAUGACUUCCGGUAUGUCGACCCAAGGCGGUUGCAUUAUAGCGUCAAAUCAGAGGCAAAAAAUGAAAUCAGAAAGUACUGAAGAGAAGCUUUUAGGGUUUGAUCGUCAAGAGGAAGUGGAUUCAUUACAACAUCAGAAGACUGAAUUGGGAUCCAUUUUUGGUGGUUUUGAUGGAUCUGUUGAAAUUCAACUUCCUGAAGAAGAUAGCUUGAUUACGGCUAGCAACUCUAUCAGUCUCCAGAAUUUCAUGCCUGCCUGGAACUCAUCUAUUGCUGAGUUAUUAUCCACACCAGAGACGGCAGUUGACAUUUCUAACAAACUAGCAGCUUUAAAUUCUGUAUACCGGGAAGAAGGACCUAUUGUUGGAGGCAAAGAAGGUGGAGCCUUUUUUCAUGGUCCUUAUGAUAUGAGUGAGCCUGACCAUCAUUAUACUGAGCUUCAUGCCCAGCCAUCUUCUCCACAACUUCAUCACCCUCGAUUGAAUCAUGCAGGGCAAGUGUUCCAUUCACUAGAUUCUCAUCCUGCCAAUAUGAAUGCUCAGAUGAAAUUCAUGGCCUCAGAGAACUUGCAUCAAGAUCCUCCUAAUCAUCAAUUUCCUGCAAAUUUUCUACGCCCUCCUUUCCACCACUCCAGUACUGGAUCAACUGGAUUUGGUCCUAACCCACAUAACGCUAUGCUACAACAAAUGCAUAUGCCUGGCAAUUUCCCUCCACCCCAUCUUUUACGUGGAUUUUCCAGGGGUGCACCUGUGUCUCCACAUCCCAAUAAUCAGGUGCCCAGUUUUUUACAGGAGCCAAACCCAAUGCAAGGGUUGCCUUUUGGUCAAAGGCAAAUCAACUUUGGUGGCGUUGGAAUUUCACCACUUGGUAAACCACUUGGUGCAGCUUCUGAUGUUGGUGGUGGAAAGCACCAUCCUGAGGCUUUGCAAAGGCUUGUCGAGAUGGAACUCAGGUCAAAAUCCAAGCCCAUUCAUCCUUUUGCAAUGGGUGGCCAUGGUCAGAGAAUGUAUGGUCAUGAAUUAGACAAUCGACAUGGUUUCUGGACAUAGAUAAGUAAUUAGCUGCAAUUGUGGAUAUGGUCGUUUAUUUGCGAUCACCCUGCCCUGGCAGUGGGCAAUGGGUUUAACGUGCUUCUUCAGGAUGUUCAGAAUCUUUGUGAAACGGAUGACACAGUUCAGAUUUAUACAGAUUUUAGUUGUCAAUGGAGUGGGUGUUGGUCUUCCCUUCCUCUUUUAUCUUCCUCCUUUCACUUUGUCUCUUCAUUUUCUAGUGUGGUCGAACUAUUUCCAUACAGCCAAACAAGGCGGAGAAAUUUUUUAUUUUAUUUUUUUUUCUCUCCUUUUAAUUUAUUUUUUGUUUCACUUGUUUUAAUAUUAUUGUAUAUAACAGUUGUACUCUAAAAUCUCUCCAAGAAGACUAGGUUCUGAAAUGUAGGAAAACUUUUCUUUUCCCGAAUAUGUAGAUAGUAAUUUACAAUUAA